GCAUGUUGUGUGGCCGCAGGUGACCGUGUAAUUUGCGCGUAUCUGUCUACCCCUUUCUCUCUCCUACCUAUUUCUAGUCUCUUCUUCCUUUUUUCUUCACCCUGCACAAAAUACCCCUAACCCCCUCUUGACUCCCAGUUUUGACAAAUCUAAUUAAUUUUUUGACACCCAUUUUUGAUCCUAGGAUUUUUCAGCAAGUUUUGUUUCCUCAAAGUCACAACCUGGCAUACUAUUUCUUGGACAGGGGAAUUAUUUUGGUGAAGCUUCUGGAUAGAAGCAGCAGAUAUUAACACUCUGGCAUAUACUUCAGUGAAGUCCUCUCCCCCUUUUGAAUGGGAUAGGGUUGAGGCUAGAAGAAGAACACUUGUUGGAAUUUCACUUGUUAAUUAUCUUUCUUCUUCUCCAAAUUGGUCUCUUUCAUGGCUUUGGUGUUUGCCUAUUGAUUAUGGCUAAUUUGCCUUUCACACUCUGAGCUCUGACUUGUUUCAAGAUUCCAUCUUUUGAAUUGAAAAUUUUCAAAGAUCAAAACUUUUUUUUUUUGUGGGGGUAACAAAGAUUAGUAAGAUUAGAAGAGCUAACAAAUUGGAACAAAGAAAUGGCAAUUUGCAACUGCUUCCGUGGUCCAGUAAGGAGAAACAGGAAAGAUAAGGGAGAUAAGAGAGUUCCAAAAACUACUGAUGUGACUUCACCAGUUGAAAGUCCUGUGAAAUCUACUGCUAAAACUGAUGACUCCAAAUCAUCUUCUUUUCUUGUUCCUUUACCUUUUGGGAGUUCUAGGACCAAUGUCAAGGUAAUGAAUCAUGAAAGUCCUGUUAAGGGAGAUACAGAAGAGGUGGCGUAUGAAGGGGAAGAUGAGCAUGACGAGAGCUUGUCGAUGAAGAGGGACAACUCUGAUUUUGAUCUUCAAGCACGCGUUCAUAACUCAAAUGACGAGUAUGAUCAAUCAUUCAGCAAAGAGAUUAAUCUUAAUUGCUCAUUUGAAUGUGAAACGAAUGACCGGUAUCAUAAGAAAUCUGAGAAAGAUGAAGAGGUUGUGGAGAUAAUGAAAAGUGGACACAUUAGUGACCCGGGGUUUGAUAAAGUAGAAUCUUGGGCUUCUCCAAGGCUUCAGCGCUCCUGCUCCGAUUUAGCAAUUAGGGAUAUGUUCACUAAAAUGAGUGACCAGCUAUCACUCUCGAAAUCCCAAUCUUUUGAUGAGAUGCAGAGAUUAGCUGAGAAGAUGACUUUGGGAAGUCCAGCAUCCGUGUUGACACAUCGCAGCGCUGACAAAGUUAUGUUGAAGAAGCAUUCUUCAAGCCAACUCCUACCAUCAAGAAGUCGAAAUUUAUGGUGGAAAUUAUUUCUAUGGAGCCAUAGAAAUGUACAAGGAACAGGUGGUAUCAAACAACACCCAAUCCUUGCUAAGAUGGCUCUAAACCAACAGGGCGGGUACUCCUCGGACACACUAGAACUAGGGAAAGGCAUGGAAUUGAGCAACUUGGGGUCUCCUGGUUCAUUCACUGCAGAAUCCUUGAACAAAGGGCGCUACGACAAGGGCAAGGAUGUCUUAGUUGACUUCCAAGGAGCAAGUGGUUUUUGGCCGCAGAAUCAGUGGGUUGCUUUCCCUGAAGAAUCCUCUAGAUUUAUGAGAAUUAGUGAAUGGGUGAGCGAGCUUCCUGUUCAUCCACCAUGCUUAAUUGAUGAACAUGAUCAUGUUGAAGACGACAUGGAUCUCCCACCUUCUCUUGAUGCUGGUAAAUCACCAGCAAGAAACUCAUCUCUCAUCAGCCCACACCCAAAUACAAAUGUCUCAGAAGAGGUUGCACAUGCUAAUACUGUCAUCCGGUCUCUCAACCUGUCUUCAACGGUUGCUCACAUUGCCGGUGCUGGUCUGAAAGUUAUCCCUGCAAUGUCACACUUAUCUAGCCUUCGAUCUGUCAAUUUAUCAGGCAACUUCAUAGUUCAAAUAACUCCAGGAUCACUACCAAGGGGUCUGCACGUUCUCAACUUAUCAAAAAACAAGAUCCACACAAUCGGAGGACUCAGGGAAUUGACACGCCUGCGCAUGCUUGACCUAAGUUACAACAGAAUCUCUCGAAUUGGACAAGGUUUGUCGAAUUGUACGCCCAUCAAAGAACUCUACUUGGCUGGUAACAAAAUAAGUGAUAUAGAAGGGCUGCACAGACUUCUGAAGCUGACUGUUCUAGACUUGAGCUUCAAUAAAAUAACAACUACUAAAGCACUUGGUCAGCUUGUGGCAAACUAUAACUCUCUGCUGGCUCUAAAUCUAUUGGGCAAUCCAAUCCAGAGCAAUAUAAGUGACGAUCAACUGCGGAAGACAGUUUGCAGUUUGCUUCCAAAGCUAGCUUUCUUGAACAAACAGCCAAUUAAUGCACAGAAAGCCCGAGAGGUAGGAACAGAAGCAGUUGCAAAAGCAGCAUUGGGCAGUAGCAGUCGGGGCACUCAUAGAAGAGCAACCAGGAAAGUUGGAACUGGAGCUUCUUCAUCUGCUAGCGUGCAUAGGAGCAGCGCCAGUGUUGCUCAAAAGAGCAGGCAUAGGCUAAGAAGCCGAACUCAACAUCAGUCUUCCAAAGCCAAGUGAUCUGCUCUAGGCAUCAUCGCCUUCCUAAAUUGUUUCAUACUCGUGGACAGUGCAAUCCGAAAAACCAUGGUUCAUAUUCAUGGACAAUGCAAUUCCAGAAAGCAUGGUGUUCAGUGUGUUUCAAUUUUGUUUAUUAUUUUUAUUUUGUUCUUCAAAAGAGGAGUGAUUAAGAUAUUCAUGUUAAAUUGUGGAGGUUGUUCCUCAAUUUCCAUUGUGUUAUGGAAGUCUGCUUGAAAGCCAGGUACUUGUGGCUUCAGGUGCUUGUCUUUCUAUAAUUGUUGAAUUAACAUGUUUUUCCACAUUGAUUGCACCUUUAUAAAUGUACUUCGCUUCU